CUGUAUCAUUGCUUAAAGAAGAGGUUUUAGGUAGCUUCAUAUCUUGCUACACAUCAAGAAUAUGUCUUUCCAAAAGAGCUCUGGAUCUUCAAAAAUGUCUGUUGGUGGUGGUGGAGGUUAUGGAACAUCUAAUUGCUCAUUCAUUGGGAACUCUGGAGGAGCUUAUGGUUCAAGAGCUUCUUAUUGUGGUGGCCUGAGUGCAGGUGCAGCUGGUGGCUGUGGUGGAGGAGUAUUCAGUGGCUUUGGAGUGAAUGCAGGAUUUAGUGUCGCAGGUGGUUUUGGACAUGGUGGGGAUGUUCUCCUAUCUGGAGGAGAAAAAGAAACCAUGCAGAAUCUGAAUGACCGUCUGGCUUCUUACUUAAAUAAAGUGCGUUCUCUAGAAGAGGCCAACAAAGAUCUUGAAUGUAAAAUUAGAGAGUGGUAUGAACAACAUCGCAAUGUACAUAUGCAAGAAAAAGACUACAGUAAAUAUUAUCGAUGUAUCGAUGACCUGAAAAAACAGGUAUGUAAUCUUAAAUACAUUUUAUAUAAGUACUGGAUAUUUUAUUACAUAGUUUGUUAAAAUUAUGAAAUUAACCGAUAUAAUAAACUUCCAAUUUGAUAUCUUACAUUUUUGUUUUUGAUUUAAUGAUAAACAAAUUUUAUAAAAAUUUCUUAAAAGGAUUACAUCAAAGUUUCUGUUGGCAUUAAAAAAUAUUGCAUAUUUCUCAUGAAAAGUUAUACACAUUCGAGUCCAAUAAACAGAUUUAAAUUAAUGAAAAGCAAAGAAAGUAUAGUAAUAAAAACAUCUCUUCUUUUUUUGUUGUUGCAGAUUUUUGAUGCUACUAUGAACAAUGCCAGUAUUGUUCUUCAGAUUGACAAUGCCCGACUGGCCGCAGAUGACUUUAAACUCAAGUGUGUCUCCAAUCUUUCUUGAGUUUCUGACAUCUAAUCAUUUUCUGAUUAGAAAAGCUAUUUUGACUAAUUAGAUUAUUUCUUUUCAUGCAGAUAUGAAAAUGAGCUUUGCCUCCGUCAAGGUGUUGAGGCAGAUAUUAAUGGUCUACGCAAAGUUCAGGCUGAGCUGAACUGGUCUAAGUGUGACCUACAGUCACAACUUGAAAGUUUGACUGAGGAGAUAGCAUGUCUCAAGAAGAACCAUGAAGAGGUACCAUUCAUUUGUCAGACAUAUUUUCCAUUAAGUAUCUGUAAAUAUAUGACUAUGGUUUUAGGUUCUCCUACCAGAUAUGUAUCCUGCAUCUGUAGUGGUAUUUUACAAUUAUUUCAUGAGUCCUCCAAUUUUCACAUGCUAGUAGGAAAUAAAACGUAAUCUUUUUCAACUGUCUCACCAAUCCAUGAGCAGAAUUAAGAAUUGUAUUUUAAUUUUUUAAAGGAGAUGAAGUGUUACAAGGGAGCCACUGGCCAACUCAAUGUCGAGAUGAAGGCUGCUCCAGGAAUUGAUUUGACCGAAAUUCUAAAUGCCAUGAGAUGUGAAUAUGAAGAAAUGGCUGAGAAAAAUCGUAGAGAGGCAGAAGCUCAAUUCAUUGAAGCGGUAAUAUUAUCACACAUCACACAUGCAAUAGUUUGAACUGAAAUAGCUCAUAUAAGUUACAAUUGUGUGGCUGUGUUGCAGAGCAAUGCCCUCAAGCAGCAGAUCUCAUGUGGGGCUGAACAGGUUCAAUCAAGCAGAACUGAAAUCACAGACCUAAAGCGUACUCUUCAAACACUGGAAAUUGAACUGCAAGCGGCUCUGGCCACGGUAGGAAUAACAUAUACAUAGGGUACACAUAUAUUUUCACAUUUCCCAAUCAUUACAUUGUUCAUUUCAUAACAUAUAUGUAUCAUAAAUAUAGAUGAAACCAGUUUAUGCACUGGAUGAUUGGACAGAUGUUCAAAAUACCUAUUAUGGUUGGGUUAACUUGGGAUAACAAAUCAUAGAGUACCCACAAAGUUAAUUAAAAAAUAACUGCUAUCUGUCCUAUUAGAAAAAUUCACUGGAGAACUCUUUAGCUGAGACUGAAGGAAACUACUGUGUCCAACUUUCCCAAAUUCAAGCAAAAAUUAACUCGGUAGAACAACAACUCUGUGAGUUAAGAGGAGACAUGGAGAGACAAAGUUUGGAGUAUGAACAACUUCUCGACAUCAAGACCAGACUGGAGAUGGAAAUUGAGAAAUAUCGCCGCUUGCUUGAUGGAGAGUCAAGGUAGUGACUGGAAGAGCUUAUUCAAUUUCAUCUGUGAAAUGGCAGAAGUCACUGCAUUAGACAAAUAUUAUAACAAUAUAAGUUGAACACUACUCAUUGUGACAUUUAAGGAAUAAUGUGUAUUUUAAAAACCCUAAAAUUCAGGAGUUAUUUAUAAAAUAAAAAUUAGCAGUUUCGCAUGAUUUUCUUUUAUUCUUAAUAAUUGAAUGUACCAGGGCACAACAAUAUAUACUUAUGCAGAAUAUAGUAAGUUGUAACAUUCUAGAAACUCAAACCUAGGCUGACAUCUAUUUCCUACAUUUUAAAUGUAUACAUUAUAUAUUUUUUCUCUAUAAAACACUUAUGUAUGAAUUGUCUGUUUCCGCACAGCAUAAAGAUCCCUCCACCACCCACUCCAGGUAAGCACAUUCUAUAACGGUCCCCUUCGAAUAUCAGUAAAAAAAUUGUUCAAGAUAUUGCCCUCUAAUGUCUUCCAGUUCAGUGGUCUUACAGCUAUAUAUUUUUUUUCCUAAAAACAUUUUAUGCUUAAUGUUAAAUGUGUUUGCUUCUACUUUCAGACUCUUCCAAAAGCCGAAAGAUUAAAACCAUUAUUGAAGAAAUGCGAGAUGGAGUAGUGGUAUCUCAACAAGUCAAAGAAACUGAAGAGAAGUAUUAAAAAGGAACAUGUCCUUCAGUUUGCAGUGGACAAGACCAAUAAAGCAACCUCUUCCAUGUGUGUCUCCAAAGCAAAUAACUGCCCUUAAAACAACUAUGCAUGACUUUCUGUUUUCUAUAAACCAUAUCUAAAACCUGAAUUAUAUACUUAGUUGAACUUUAGAGAUACUGUAAGCUACUGAUUUAAAUGAAAUAAAUUUUCCUUUUGAUGCUAAACAAUUUAGUAAUUUUAUUCAAGUCAGAUUUAACACGUCUAAAUACUGGGUAUUAGGAUGAAGGUCCAGGGUGAUCUUGCACUGGUCCAGUCUAUCAUUGUAUUAAAUCAUGUAACUACAAUAACCUAUACAGCAGAACAAUUUAUAUAACACUGCCUUGACGAGUGAGAUGCAAAGGUUUCCUUUUUUUCGUUUUUAUUUAAUCUGAUCAAUAAUUUUGUAUUAGUGGCAAUUUUGGGAUGUCUGUUAAGACUGGAUCAUUUUAAUGGAUAUUGACAGAAUCUAUGUAAAUAGGAGUGCUAUGAAAGACAGAAAGGUAAUGCUAAUUUAUGUUUCACUGUUUAUAACGGCUCUGGAUGUCCACAGAUUGAGUUGGUUGACUCAUCCCUAUUCCAGUUUCAUUCAGCCUUGACAUGCCUACUAGAAUGAUAGCUUGGAAAGUUUCUACACCAACUAACUAUGGGCCAUUUAAAUUAGUAACACUUUGAUAUUCUAUUGUCAAAAUUCCACACUGUCUCUCCCCAGUUAUAGUGACUAUCAUGUUCCGAUACAGGUCUUAAUUCAGUUGUUAAGACUUUAGGAUUUUUUUUAUGUCACCUAUAUUCAAUCAAGGAUUUUGGGUAAAAUUCCCAGAGGUGAUGAAAUUGUAUUAGCUUGUUAUGGCAAAAUAAUAGUGUGAGGUUGAAUGUCCUAAAUCUAAUGGCAUUAUUACCCUUUGGCACCCAAAUCCAGGUCGUAGCUGUGGGCACCUUGCACUCUAGAACCAUAUCCAGUACACCGGAACCUCACAAUGAAGGUCGCUCACGCAGCCAAAUUAGACGAACAGAGUUAUGAAUGGUAUUUAACUAUGUGCAAUUGUAUUACAAUACCCUACUAUGUUACAUCUAAAUAAUUUUUCUUCUCUUUUGUACCCCAUAACCUUUGCGCUUUUGAAAAUAAAGAAAAAUUUAU